GUGAGGCCAUAAGGAGGGUUCGGGGGGGGGGGGGGGGGGGGGGGGGGGGGGGGGGGGGGGGGGGGGGGGGGGGGGGGGGGGGGGGGUGGGGGGGGGGAGGGGGGAGGGCUUUGCCGUCUCGCAAUGCCACGUCUGAGAAGGAGACAGCGAGAAGAGCUCGCUGUGGCAGUGAUGGGGGGAAGGGGGGGGCCUUUGUCGUCUCGCAAUGCCGCGUCUGAGAAGGAGACAGCGAGAAGAGCUCGCUGUGGCAGUGAUGGUCGUUGCCGGCAAGAUGGCGGAGGAUGCAUUCCAAAGCUUGGAUGUGCUGCUGGGUUCUCGGACAAGGAGGCCGCUGUUGUUGGGCCUGAUUCCAAUCACACCGUCUUCGGUGAACAAGAGGACGACGAUGACAGCGGGUGUGGACAACAUGAAGUUGAGCUUAUCAAAGAGCCGCUGACGAUUGAGUAUGGGCACGAGCAAGCUGAUAAAACUUUCAGGAUCGCUGGGGAGAUGUCUUUCCUAGUGAAUUAUCUAAUUCAUGAGGACCGCCUGAGGAUGAUGAGUGAAGAAGGAGAAGGCAGUGAGAUCAGAGAAGCUUUCAGAGAAGCAGAGUAUGAUGGGGGGUAUAAAAGAAUGGGGAUGCGGCUGAAUGGUGAGUUGAGAGAGGAUGAGGUGGAACCAGUUGUUCGCCAAAAGAGUAAGGAUUAUGUCAUUCGGUAUGGUCAUCUUUUUAAGAAAUCUGCAGAUGGUAUCUCAAAGAGAGUGGUAUGUGGGAUUGCACGGCAACUCGAUGUGAUGGCAGCCUUGCAUGAUGGGGUGGCAGGUGGACAUAGAUCGGCACGAAUGACGCUGAAGAAGAUUCAGCACCUAUUUUUUUGGGAGGGAAUGAGCAAGAUGGUAAUUGAUUUUUGUAGAUCUUGUCUUCCUUGCCAAAGGCGAUCUAAUGUGCGUUUUGUUGAACCUCUUAAUCCACGCUAUGUGGCUGAACCGGGAGCAGUGGUACACCUUGAUCUAUUGGUCAUGCCACCGGGGAUUAAUAGGUACAGAUAUAUCUUCGAUGCGAGGGAUAACCUGACUGGGUUCGUUGAUGGUUGUGCCAUUCGCGACCGUACGGGGCAUGUUUUGGCAGAAUGCAUUGAAGAAUAUUAUCUUCGGUACCCAUUUGUCCGGGAAUUUGUUAUGGAUCGAGGUGGUGAAUUCCGGGCUGGGGAAGAUGUGAAAACGAAACUUUCGACGGAGGAGUUGUUGGAACUAAGGGCGAGACAGGUGAUGAUCACUGAGGAAAGGGUUGAGGAGGCCGCUGCUUUUACUACAGAAAGUAGACAGGCUGAUAAGGAAAUAUGGGAUAAAGCUCAUCAUAAGGGGCUUCGUGUUCGUAAGGAACCGUUGAAAAUUGAGGAUAUUGUUCUUCUUUAUGAGACGUCCUUGGAGAAACAGUGGUCUCGAAAAUUGGACAGCCGAUGGUUGGGACCCUAUCGUAUUAUCAGAAAAUCUUAGCAUGGAGCUUAUGAGAUUGAGGAAUUGGAUGAGGCUAGAGGUCGGAAUUGGAUAUCGGGAUCGUAUUUGUGAAAAUAUAUUUCAAGGACUUAAUAAAGAGUUUAGUUGAUA